CGCCCAUCUGCGCGCGCGCCAAGAGCUGGAGCCGGAGCCUCCCGGUGGCUCCCCCGCCCGCCGCUGGUGCUGCCUCCUCCUGCGGGCACGAUGCAGUUUAUGCUGCUUUUUAGUCGUCAGGGGAAGCUGAGACUUCAGAAGUGGUAUGUCCCGUUGUCUGACAAAGAGAAGAAGAAAAUCACGAGGGAACUUGUUCAGACAGUUCUGGCCCGUAAACCAAAAAUGUGCAGCUUCCUGGAAUGGAGAGACCUGAAGAUUGUCUACAAAAGAUAUGCAAGCCUUUACUUCUGCUGUGCUAUUGAAGAUCAGGACAAUGAACUGAUAACCCUGGAAAUAAUUCAUCGUUAUGUGGAACUACUUGACAAGUAUUUUGGCAGUGUGUGUGAACUUGAUAUCAUCUUCAAUUUUGAAAAGGCUUAUUUUAUUCUGGAUGAGUUCCUGUUGGGAGGGGAAGUUCAGGAGACCUCCAAGAAAAACGUUCUUAAAGCCAUUGAGCAGGCAGAUCUGCUACAGGAGAGCCAGAAUGAAGACUGGGGAGGUUUGUCUGAGGAUAUCUUAUGAUUAAGAGCAGUCUAAGGCUUUAGCCCUUUUGACCCCCCUCUAAAUUGGAAGCAGAGACCCCACGUAGUGUACUUGAAGAAAUUGGACUCACAUAAAUCUCCUCUGAAGUCUCCUGGUGUUUCACAUACUGUAAAUGUCCACUGCCAUCAUUUUAAUGUUUAGCUAAUGGUGUAAGAUGCUGUUUGUCAGUAUUACUGUUUUGCUAAAUUGCUUCAUUCAGGCCUACAAGAAAAUAUCCCAUUUAAAGUUUAAAAAAAGGGAACAAAAUUGUAAAACCUCCAAAAAGGAUAAAAGAAAGGGAUUUCAAUUCAAGACCUCUCUUUGGUGCAUUUGAGAAAAUCAUAGGUGACGACUUCAGUAAUUAUACUGUUGAAUUAGCAACUGUGACUUAAGGAAACAAAUGAAUCAGCUUCAGUACAUUGUCAUGUUUAACAGAAAGGAAAGUACAUGUGACAACUUUAAAUGUAACAAUGUGGAACUUGGUUUUAUGCAACGAAAGACUUAUUUGUUCAUCUACAUUCUAUGUCAACAUUUGUGAAAAAUCUGUUUUUUCCAGUUAAUACAGAAAGAUUGGGAAUUAACUGUUUACUAUGGAAUUUUUUUCGUUACACCAAAGAACCCUAGUAUGAUCUGUAUAUCAAACUGGUAUGAGCUGUUAAGGUGGCUUCAUUUUUUAGCACCAAAGCUGCAACCAGACCAUUUGAUAGAAAUGGAAGUAUUCAGUACAAAGAUUUUACACACAAGUACAUGAAUUAAUGUAUUUUAAAGGAAAUACAAAUUAUUUUUUACAGCCUGCAUAUUGGAACCAUCCUGUUUUUAACAUCAGUAUUAUUGCUUAACUACUGUAGACUUAUACCUUGAUUAUGUACUUUGCCCUUCUCACUAUUCAGAUGAGUAGAUAAUGUAAAAUAUGCUGGGGUGGCACUUGACAUCAUGGAGAGGAAGGGAUAACCUAAAGGGAAAGUUAAAAAUGUGCAAUUUAAAAUUUAGGGAGAGAAGGUGAGUGUGGUAAUAUCUUUUAUUGGACCAACUUCUGUUGGUGAGAGAGAAGCUUUUGAGCUUGCAACAUGUCAGGUCUGAGAAAUGUACUCUGAGGGUCACAGCUAAAUACCAGGUGAAACAGAUUGUUUAGCAUAAGUAGUUAAGACAUUUCAAGGGACCAUUCAAGGCAAAGUGGCCCAUUAACACCCCUCCAGUCACAGGGGGAAACAGAAUGAGGAGAAGGCACCUGGGGGAGGGUUGUUAAUCCUGGCGGAGCCUUCCCAAAAGUGGGGGGACCAGGGCUCCUGCUGCCCUGUGGCUCUGCCUGAGACCCUGCCCCCUGUCAAGCUGGAUCAGGCUGGGAGCUGUGGACUCUCCACCUGCCUGCAGCUUGGGGACCCCUAGAGCAGCCCAUGGUCUGUGUUCCUGCCCUGCGGGCCCCCUGCCCAGGGUAGGUAAAGGGUGCAUGGCCCCCCAGACUGCCUGCAUGGCUUUUACCUCAACCCAGCUCCAGCCAAGGGAUAGGGCCUCAGAGCUGCAGCCUGGCUGUGGGAAGAGCCAAACAGCCAGUCAGAUGUGAAUGGCUGCGGACCUUUCAUCUGCCUUGGAUGAGGGACCCAGGGCUUCUCUUUGGCCCCCCACCCUGGGCAGGUAGAGAGUCAGUGGUGCAGCACCCCCUGCUGCCCAGGCUCCCCAGCUGGGCUCCAGCUGCUGGCCCUGCCUGAGUGGGGGGCGGGGAGCAGGGCCUUGGACACAAGAGGAGGGGGAGAGCCUGUGGCAAAAAGUGGACAGGACAGGCCCAUCCACUUUCAAAAAGUGGGAGGGCCAUAGCGCCCCCUCAGUUCUAGUGCUGAUGUUUUUAGUGGGUUAUAGAUUGUUGUAAUAAACCAUAAAUCUAGUGACAGUGUGGGUGAAAACUUUUCUCAAAGCAGUCACUCUAUACCUGAACUAUCAGUCCUCGUCCUCAAAAGAAAACUGCACACUUUAAAAAGGUGAGCCUGGGAGCUUAAAUUCAUAACUUUGCUAGACACUAAAAAUCAUGGACUGAACAGACACACUGAAUUUAUGGUUUAUAACAACAAUCUAUAUCUACUAACAAUCCCCCUACCCAAGCUGCCUCUCCACAUAUUUCUUCCUCCCUUAGAACUGGAAGGGUGUUAACGGGCCACUUCACCUUGAAUGGUCCAUUGAAAUGUGUUAACUGCUUAUGCUGUCUGUUCCACAUUGUGUUUAGCUGUGACUUAAGUACAUUUCUCAGACUGGAAGAAGAGCUCCUUGUAAGAUCAAAAGCUUCUCUCUCUCUCACUAACACAGUUUGUCCAAUAAAAGAUAUCACCUCAUCCACCUUGUGUCUCUAAUAUUCUGCGACAGAUAUGGCUACAACACUGCAUAUAACAAUUUAGAAAUUUUUAUUUUGAACUCUAGAAACAAGGCUUUGCAUUUAUUAGUAUUUUAUGGUAUGCUCAAUAGGGGCAUCAGCACCUAUUUAAAAAAUCUUUUAACCUGCUUCAUUGAUAUACUUUAAUGUCCUGUCACUGUACAUGCAGGUGACAUCCAUUGUGAAAUUACUAAGCUUAAGCAAACACAAGUGUUUGUAUUCAGUACCACUAACCUAAUUUAUACUGAGGUCCUAUUGAAAAUUACUGAGUGAGUUUCAGCAUGUAAAUGAACAAAUAAUCAAGGGUAAUAGACCACAAAAUGUACUUUGUUCAUUUAUUUUGACAGUUAUAGGUGUUUUGCAAUAUAGUCUACACCUUAAAGUAUUUAGUCUUGUGAGAUCUCUGUACAGAACUCUGUUCUGUUGCUGAGAAGUUAGUGCCAUUUUUUUCUGCAAAUUAUAUGUGGAGUAGCAAAGUUCUACUGUUGUGUAUCUGCAGUGAUCACGAGAUGAGUGUUUUUCUAAGCUUGCUGUUAUACUGGAACUGACCAUAGGCUUCAUAACAUUUCAGUUUGCUCACUUGACGUAAGCAGUACCACACACUUACAGUAUUCAUAUCCACUCAUGUCAUGUACAGAACACAGGCCUCUCAAAUCACUAGAAUAUCAUGUUUGUAUAAGGUACACAAGAGCCCUGUUAUGCAUUUUGCUCAUGUAGAAUAUGCAAAAAAAGAUGAGAUACAACUGGUAUGGGAUGGCCUGCUGUUGAAGUGAUUGAAUUUCCUUCAUGUAAAAUGUCGAUCUGAAAGCAGUUUUGUGUGUGUUUAAACAAACAUGUUUCUGAGGUGUACAUUGUCACUUGUAUGUGCUACGCUGGAUUAAGCUUUGUUGUGAUUGUGUCAAAACCUGUGACCACUGUCUUAGUAUCACAUUAAUUUAAUUGUAAUAAAUGUUCAUUUUUACAC